AUGGCCACGCAAAUGCACGAGAAAAAGAAAUUACAUUUUAUAAUCGUCGGUGGCUCUCUUGGCGGUUUAGCUGCUGGGUUGGCCUUGAAAGCCAUAGGACAUGAUACGACUAUCUUGGAACGAAACCCUACUCCGGUUCUAGAAGAACAAGGGGCUGGGAUCGUUGCCGGCGGUGACACGCUGCAGUUUUUCAAAAAGUACAACCGGUGUGACAGGCCCAUCGCAGUCACCUCCCACCGUCGUCAGUACCUUGACAGGGACGGCAAUGUCGUCCACAAGGAGGAUAUGGAGCAAAACAUGACUUCAUGGGACCUUGCUUACUUCCUCAUGCGCGCAAACUAUGAUGGUAUCAAUAGCGAGCAUUGUAAGGCACCGAGUCCCGAGGCAACUGACGGAAUGGCGAUUCACCUUCAUGAUCAUAACGUUACAGAAAUCAAGGAGGAUGGACAGGGCGUACGGGUCUUCUGGAAAACAAGUCGCGGUGAAGAGGGUAGCAUUGUAGGUGACAUUAUCAUAGGGGCUGACGGACCAAGUUCGACUGUGCGGAAGCUCUUGCAACCGGGUGUAGAGAGGGCGUAUGCGGGGUACUGCGCUCUGCGCGGGACAAUACGCGAAGACAGUGUCAGUGAAGCCACCAGAGAGACGUUCAGCGAGCGAUUCACCUUUUUCCAUUGUCGCGGGGUUCAGAUCCUGGCAUACCUCAUACCGGGGAGGAACGGCAGUGUGGAUCGAGGGCAGCGACUGAUUAACUUUGUCUACUACACCAACUUCCCCGAAGGAUCGCCUGAGCUCGAAGAGAUCAUGACGGACAAGCACGGCAAAAGGCGGCUGAUCACGAUGCCUCCGGGCAUGACGGACCCAAAUGCUUGGGAGAAGCAGCGCCAGGUUGCCAGAGAGCGUCUGCCUCAGCCAUUUGCAGAGAUCGUCUGCGGAACCAAGACACCCUUCGUCCAAGCUGUGACGGACGUGAUUAGCCCGACCAACGAGUAUCUCAACGGGAAGGUUGUCCUUAUCGGCGAUUCCCUUGCUGGAUUCCGUCCUCACACUGUAGCGUCGACCUCGCAAGCUGCCUUUGAUGCCAUGAUCUUCGCCGACUACAUCGAGGGCAAGGUGUCAAAGGGGAAGUGGAAGAAAGAGACGAUGGGAUUUGCUCGAUACAUCCAGAAGAGAGGCGUGGAUAUGGGCAACAGAAGUCAGCACGAGGACUUGCCGCUGGAGGAACAUAUCCACGAUCGUAAUGUAGCUUCGACACCAAGGGAGAAGGAGGUGUAUCCGGAUUGGGCGACAGCCAUAUGA